AUGAGCCGUAAAGUGACGGCAUGUGGUUUUUUGUAUGUGGCACCACCAAAUAUUGACUUUUCGGCACCAUCGCAUUCAGCAAAGAGAUGGCAACGACGUUGUUUCAAGCUGUAUGACGAUGGUGAAUUGUGCUAUGCGCUCGAUGAUCAUCCCGAGACAGUUCCACAAGUGGUAAUGAAAAUGCAACGGUGUACUCGAGUGUGUGAGGCUGACGCUAUCACUGGACAUUCGCAUAGCAUUCUGGUGGCGUUUCGAGUGGAUCAUUCGUCCGANAACCGGAAUCCAUUCUGA